AUGAAGCUCUCUACUAUCCAGGCCGUUCUCGGCUCGGCCUUGGUUCUGCUGUCCGCCCAACCCGCCGAAGCGAAUGAUGGCUCUCACCGUCACCUUCACAAGCUGAAGGAUGCCUUCAGGCUUACCAAGAAGACUGAGAAGCUUACCGAGAGGGCUCUUGUGCAGAGGACCUCUGACGGCAAGGCCAUUUGCAGCUUGCCCAGCGAUGGCGACCUGGUCCACGUGCCAGGCGCCUCCAACAACGGCUUCGCCAUGAGUCCUGACCAGACAUGUGUGGAAGGCAGCUACUGCCCAUUUGCCUGCAGGCCUGGAAAAGUCAUGGCGCAAUGGCAGCCCGGCUCAUCCUACACGUAUCCGUCUUCAAUGAACGGUGGCCUCCUCUGUGGACCCGACGGCAAGGCAGUAAAGCCCUUCAAGAAUUCGCCCUACUGCGUCGACGGCGCUGGCACUGUUGAGGUUUACAACGAAUGUGGCAAGACCAUAUCUUUCUGUCAGACUGUUCUGCCCGGCAACGAGGCCAUGCUCAUUCCCAGCGUCAUUGACAAGUCCAUCACCCUCGCUGUCCCUGACCCCAGCUACUGGUGCGGCACGGCUGCUCACUACUACGUCAACCCGCCAGGUGUUACCGAUGAGGGCUGCAUCUGGGGCGACUCGUCCAAGGCAGUAGGUAACUGGGCUGCCUACGUUGCAGGCGCCAACCAGGAUGCUCAAGGUCGCACUUUCGUCACUCUUGGCUACAAUCCCAUCUGGGAGGGUUCGGCCCUCUCCAACACCAAGCCAACCUACGGUGUCAGGAUCGAAUGCCCUGACGGUGGCUGCAACGGCACGCCUUGCGCCAUCGACCCCUCUUCAAGCGCAAUCGGCGACGUGCUCAGCAACCUUGCCGGCACCGGCGCUGGCAACGCCAAGUACUGCGUCGUCACUGUUCCCAAGGGGAAGAAGGCCCACAUUGUCGUCUUCCCUCUAGACGGUUCCGGUGGUAGCAAGCCCGAUGACGAUGAGAAAAAGAAGGACGAUAAGGUCCAGAUCAUGGAGGCUAAACCUUCACCGUCCCCGUCCCCGUCGCCCGCUCCCACACCCACGCCCACGCCCACGCCCACGCCCACGCCGACUCCGACUCCGACCCCGACCCCGUCGCCUUCUUCUUCUGCCGCACCGUCCAAGAGCCCCAGUGUCAAACCCUCCAGCUCUGCUUCUGAUCACUCCAAGACUGCGACUCCUACCGUCGUCCCCGGUAUCUUCCACGAGAACGACAACUCAACGACGUCUUCCGUCGAUUCCGGAAUGACGACCUCUAAGCCCGCCGCUGCCACCGCGACGGAAGAGUCCGCGCCCGCGACCACCUCGAAGGAGAACGAAGGCGCCAAGCAAGGUGGUGGCGCUGUUGCCGGCCUCAUCAUUGCGGUUGUUGCAGCUACUUUCCUGUACUGA